AUGUUUCUAUACAGCCUCGUCGCCGCCGCCAGCAGCCCCGUCACCGACCCUAGCGGCCCCGUCGCCGCUCCUAUCGGCCCCAUCGCCGCCGCCAACGGUCCCGUCGCCGCUCCUAUCGGCCCCGUCGCCGUCGCCAAGGGCCCCGUCGCCACCGCCAGCGGCCCCGUCGCCGACCCUAGCGGCCCCGUCGCCGCUCCUAUCCGCCCCGUCGCCGCCGUCAGCGACCCCGUCGCCGCCGCCAGCGGCCCCGAUGCCGACCCUAGCGGCCCCGUCGCCGCUCCUAUCGGCCCCGUCGCCGCCGCCAGCGGCCCCGUCGCCGCCGCCAGCGGCCCCGUCGCCGACCCUAGCGGCCCCGUCGCCGCUCCUAUCGGCCCCGUCGCCGCCGCCAGCGGCCCCGUCGCCGCCGCCAGCGGCCCCGUUGCCGCCGCCAGCAGCCCCGUCACCAACCCUAGCGGCCCCGUCGCCGCUCCUAUCGGCCCCGUCGCCUCCGCCAGCGGCCCCGUCGCCGACCCUAGCGGCCCCGUCGUCGCUCCUAUCGGCCCCGUCGCCGCCGCCAGCGGCCCCGUCGCCGCGGCCAGCGGCCCCGUCGCCGACCCUAGCGGCCCCGUCGCCGCUCCUAUUGGCCCCGUCGCCACCGCCAGCGGGCCCGUCGCCGCCGCCAGCGGCCCCGUCGCCGACCCUAGCGGCCCCGUCGCCGCUCCUAUCGGCCCCGUCGCCGCCGCCAGCGGCCCCGCGACCUGA